AUCACGGACGAUUUGCUUACAACAACCACUUUAGUUAUUUUAGGAAAAACUUUUAACAAAUAAUGUCACAUUACUCCAGGCUCAACUUUCGUCGCCAGGAGGUGAAUAAAACCGUGUGGGAGGUAGCUGACCGGUAUAAAGAUUUGAAACCCGUUGGGUCAGGGGCGUAUGGGACUGUGUGCUCUGCUCAGGACCGUUGGACUGGAGCAAAAGUGGCUAUCAAGAAGCUCAACCGGCCAUUCCAAUCAGAACUAUUUGCCAAGAGAGCUUACAGGGAACUCCGACUGCUCAAACACAUGAAGCAUGACAAUGUUAUCGGCCUGCUGGAUGUUUUCACUGCAGAUAUUACAGUGGACAGAUUUCAAGACUUUUGCCUGGUAAUGCCUUUUAUGGGCACUGAUCUUGGGAAACUAAUGAAAAUGGAGAAGCUUUCAGAGGAACGAAUUCAGUACCUUGUCUAUCAGAUACUAAGGGGACUUAAGUAUAUUCAUGCUGCUGGCAUCAUUCACAGGGACCUCAAGCCAGGUAAUUUAGCCAUCAAUGAAGACUGUGAGCUCAAGAUUCUGGAUUUUGGUCUGGCCCGUCAAACUGACAGUGAAAUGACAGGAUAUGUGGUGACACGCUGGUACAGAGCCCCCGAGGUCAUCCUCAACUGGAUGCACUACACACAGACUGUGGACAUCUGGUCUGUUGGCUGUAUCAUGGCAGAGAUGCUCAUGGGUAAACCACUUUUCAAGGGAAAUGAUCACCUGGAUCAGUUGACAGAAAUCAUGAAGAUCACUGGAACACCCACACAAGAGUUCAUCUCUAAACUGCAGUCAGAAGAUGCCAAAAGUUACAUUCAGAGGCUGCCGAGACUUAAAAAGAGAGAUAUUCAAGUUCUGAUGCCAGAGGCCAGUCCUCAAGCCAUUGCUGUGCUGGAGUCCAUGCUGCUUCUGGACCCGGACAGCAGGGUGACGGCUGAUAAAGGUCUGGCUCUGCCCUACUUCGCCGACUUUAGGGAGCCAAACGAGGAAACUGAGGCUCAGCCAUAUGAUCACUCGCUGGAUAAUGCUGUGCAGUCUUUAGAACAGUGGAAACGAGUCACUUUAAAAGAGAUUAAUAGCUUCCAACCUCCUCCAACAGGACCAAUUCCAAAAGAGACAUCACUCUAGUGGGAAGGUUCCACAUCAAUCUCUUCCACAUCGCAAACCAAGUGUGCCUUAGCAGUCAUUACGUCUUGUGCGGUAUAAUGCGUAACUACCUGUAUGUAUGGAAUGUGUAUGUACUCAGUGCCAUUAUAUGAUCUAUAUGUGUCUUAUGUGUAUCAGUGUAAACUGCUGUUGUAUUGAGUACAAUAACAGUCAAAAAUACCCGCCAUCCACAUGCUUUUAUUUUUUAUGUAGCUAAUAAGAAAGAAAGUGUCAUGAUGCCUGCCAUCCACAAUAACAUUGGCAGCAGUGGGCAGGCAGGAUGCUGCAGGGUUAAUCCAUGUAAAUACUGGAGAACUGGACCAUAAAUACAUGCAUUUUAAACCAUGUCUUUGUGUUUAUGCAUAUAUGGUCUCAAGUCAUUUUAAGUCCAGUAACAUUUGGGACUUUUCA